AUGCCGGCGUCACCGCAAAGUGCGGUGCGUGGGGCGCGCUCAAGUACUACGCCUGGCCCGCCCUCUAUGCAUGGGACACGACAGGGCAUGUAUGUUGCGUUUGUGAAGAACGCAAUGGUCCAAAAGGCACAGGGCAAUAUGGGACCAUAUGAUGAGCUGAUAGCCCAGUUCCAAGCAGGUGUUACGACGACGAAGCCGUCUAAAGGCGGCGCAUCGUCUGCGGUACAGAUUCAAGCAUGGCUCUCGGCGCUAACCCAUGUCGCUCCGUCGUUGGAUCGAACAUGCGCUGCGCUGGUCGAAGCUGUCACCGAGUUUCCAUGGCUGGCUAUGCCUGACGACGUUGGCGAUGCUUGGAUACGCUUUGUGUGCUCUCUCGUUAGUGCACGCAGUGAGUGGGUCUCCAGCCUCGCUUCGUUGCUGCUCCAAAACAUGAGUCUGCACCCGGCCUGGUACCGUGCAGCGGACCGAACCCAUCUGAAAGAGCGCGAGACCACGACGCGCCGGAAACUCUAUGAUAAGCUGCAUGGGCUUCUCCAGACCCUUUUGCGCCUGAUUCCCACGUUGCCAGCGACGCUGCAGCCAUUGUUGCUUCAGCACUUUCCGCACAAACGCGAUCGUACGAUGAGCCAGGUCCUUUAUAUCCAAAACCUGCUUCGGAUGAGUGUAUACUGUGAAGCGUUAACGGAGCCUAUCUGGACGGCCAUUAUUGAUCAUGCGCUUCAGAUUGAUGUCGCGAUCCAAGUUGAACUGGAUGAGUUGGAGGAGCAGGGUAUUGAGCCGACAGAGCACGAAAGCUUGGCGCAUAUGCUGGAUCAGGGGAUGGAGUCGGAUUCGGACUCGGCGAGCUUGGCCUCCCAUGGCCUGUCGCCACAGCAUGGCGACGAUGAUACAUAUGACACGCUAGAAGACCUAUCAGAUGAAGAAGGCUACGAUACCUCGGAUGCGCUUAUGCAAGCCGAUCCAGCGCAUCAAGAACCCUCAUGGAAUGAAAUUGCGGCGCUGGCUGGAAAGCUGGAUGCCAUAAUGAAAGCUCUGUAUGAGUUCCUAGAGAACUACAUUGGCACGCCCACGACAUCAGAUGUCUACACACGUCGCUACCACCUAUACCAAACGCUGCUGGGCAUCUUUACACGGAAUAUCCUCACGACCUUCAAGUCUCGUCAUGUACAGUUCCUUUUAUUCUGGUUUGCUUCGCUGGACCAUGAAUUUGCGGACAUGUUCCUUGGCACAUUGCUAAGCAAAAGCCUGUAUGCUGUGCCCACCGCAGGCACGAGCAGUGACUCGGGUGAUUCGGCUGCGAUCCUGCGCAUUGCUGCUGCGAGCUACGUCGCGAGCUACGUGGCACGGGCGCGCUACAUUGAUGCUUCGACCACACGCAUGGUCGUGCUGAAUCUGUGUACCUACAUGGACGCCUGCCUGGAAUCGUUUGCGUCGUUAGGCGUGCAUGCGCCUCCGCCUGGCGCGCGUGAUCAUGCGGUGUUUUAUGCCGUGGCCCAAGCUGUAUUUUACGUGUUUUGCUUCCGAUGGCGUGACUUGCGGGAUGGGUCCAGUGGCGACGCGCCAGCUGGUCCUGAGGACGAUAGUAUACCCUCUCUGGCAGCCACCUACCCGGCAGCAUGCUCCCUCGAGCUCUCGCCUCAGCUCAUGCCUGUGGUGCAUGCGUCCUCGCUCUCCAGUGUCUCUUCGACGCACUCGGCCACAGGCGAGCGUGGCUGGGCACCUGGCUUGGCUGUUGUCCAACGUGCGAUUACCUCUCCGCUGAAUCCUUUGCGGUACUGCAAUGGGAACGUGGUACACCAGUUCGCCAAUAUCUCGCAAUACACGGGCUUUUUGUAUUGCUACUCGGUUCUGGAGGCCAAUGCGCAGCGGUCUGUCACAGACACCUCGUCGAAUUCCUCGGCCCCGGGCACGCCACGCAAGAUGCGCAAGGCGCAUGAAACACUUUCUACCCGUGACUCUACGCGCGAGUCGACGCCGACAUCAGGUGCGCCGCCUGGCCCACCGCCAGGCGCGCCUGUCGCGCUGCCUACGCCGGCCUUGGACGUCUUCUUCCCCUUUGAUCCCUACCGCCUACGUGACUCUAGUGUGCUAGUCCACCGCUUGUAUCGCGAAUGGUCAGAUGUCGCGCCCGAAGGCGACGAUGAAGAAGGCCACGGAGAAGGCGAAGAGGACGAAGAGGGAGACGACGACGACGACGACGACGACGAUGACGACGGCGACAAUGUGUCGGCCUUGCCGCUCGAAAACCGUGCGAAGCUCAGCGUGAUGAUGCGCAACAGCCGACCAUCUACGUCGUACUACUCGUCGAGCAUCACGCCCGAGUUGAUCGCGCAGAGUUUAGAGGCGAUGAGUAUCAGCCCUUAUACAGGGUAA